AGAUUUGCAGCUUUCGAAGCGAGCAGAUGUUACAAUUAAACGCGCAACCCAAACUGUUUGCCAAUAGCUGUAGCAACAACAAAAACAUUAAUAAAAUUUCCACCAACUCUGUGUUCAAAACGCCCGCACGCCGCAGUCACUGCCAACGCGCAACUAAAGCAGGCGCCGCCGCCACAAUCAUAGCCAGAGCCGCCGUGUCACAUAGCAGCUGAGGGUACGCCCCCGCGCACCGAAACGCCUAACAACAACAACAACACUGCCAUCGCCACCAGCGCCACCGUCACUACCAACAAAAUGCCCAUUUGCAACAAGCCCGCGCAGGCGACAAAAAACGCCGCCGAAUUCGAUGACUAUGCCUCAGAGGCUGCCAAAAUGAAGCGCACACGCGAGCAAGCCUACUUCAACUCAUACAAUUUCGACGCAAUCCAACCUUACGACAAGGACAUCGAAGCCAUGGAGGAGAAGAUUGUCCAUAAGGUGGGCGGUGUUGCGGCUGCUGCUGUUGCAACGCACUCAAACGCAAUCACUGCCACAAAAGUGCCGUCCGUUGUUGGUGGCAGCAAUAGUCAGAAUCAACAAUUGCAACAACAACAAUUACAAAAACCACACAAUACGCUUAAAACGACUUAUCGCGGCACCUCGUCCCUCGCCUCGUCGACACCGAGCACAUGCAGCAGUUUUCAACACAGCAGCAGUAGCGGCCGCAGCAGCGGUUGCGGCAGUCAGCACAGCUUACGCAGCAGCGUUGCUGACGAUGUGGAUGAUGGUGAUGCUGUGGGCUAUAUGUGUCGCCCGCAACAUUCCAGCGAACUGACCUACACGUAUAUGCAACGCUUCGGUGUGCGUUUGGUGCGUUCGCGCAAUGCGUCACCAUCGCCGGAGGUGGAAUGCACCAGCGUAGAGGGUGGCAGUGGAGGAAGUGCCAUCGCGCCAGCCGAAGAACUAGUGCCGGUGCAUGCGAAGAAGGGUAGCGCAACUGAGGUGUCGGAGAAUGGGAGUUUUCUGCUGCCACGCGCCAUGCUGAAGUACCAAAGUGUUGGCAAUGCGAAUUCAAUGCCAUUGGCAGUCAACAGCAGUGGACGCGCGGACAAAUUACUGCAAAAUGGCCAUAACCACCAUCAGCCGAGCGGCAACAACGAAAGCGGCUAUAAUAAUAAUAACAGCAACAACAAGAAAAACAGCAAUCAUAACAACAGUGCCAGUUACAAUAAAUACAAUAAUAGCAACAACAGCAGCGGUAAAACAAUGAUGAUGAUGACCACCAAUGCCAUUAGCAACAAACAUAGCAGCAACAACAACAACAAUCAUAACAACAGUAGUAAUAGUCUUAGCAGUAACAAGAGUAACGCUACUGCGAAUAUAGCCAACACCAAGGCGAUAAAUAACAGCAAUAGCAAUAGCAAAAGCAACAACACCACCAAUAGCCAUAUAACUACUAAAAACCGACUAAACUAUGCGAACAGCAAUGAUGGUUACGCCAGUUUACUAGUCGCCACCGACGUUACUAGCACAGCGCCUUUCAGAGUGGCAACGGCCGCGAAGACGCCAACAACUGCAACAGCAACAGCAACGACAAAGGCUAAGGCAGCAACAGCCGUGCCAAAAGCAACCACCACGGCACCGGGUGCAGCCGUGCGCGUCAAGAAACAGUCUACCAGUUCGACAAUAACAACAACAACUAACUCGUCUGGUGUAAGCGCUGCCGAACACAACGAAACAACAGCGCCGGCGACGACGACGACGACAGCAGUAGUGGCGACGCCGAUACGGGGCAACGGUAAAGUCAGCCAAACGUCAAAAAGUGGCGAUACCAAGUCAGCACAGAGUGGUAGCGUCGAGCGUCGCGGACGCACCAGUUCACAUCAGUCGCACUAUUCGACGGACAAAAGUGGCUCGUCCGGUUACUACAGUUCGAACGUUUGCUCUACAUAUUCACUGGACGAGCAUAUUUACUGCGAACCGGUUAUAGAUAUCCUAGACGUGAGUCGAACUAGUGCCGGUGCUAUCGGGGGCGCUAGUAAGACAAGUAAAAGUGCACGCUUAGAGUGCACGAAUACAAAAGCCAAUGCCAAUAGUGGUGAUAAUAGCAAAAGUAAUCAAACAACAACUGAAAUGAGUAGUAAAGGUGGUGGCGCAACGAAACGUUGUUAUGGACGACGCAACGCUACAGCGGUGACUAGUCGCAAUGGCGAAAGUGGUAUUGCAGGUUGUAGUGAGCUGGACGGUGAGGAUGAUUGUGAUGGCGAUGCAGAGGAUGAGUCUGCGACGGCCGCGGUGGCGCGGCGUAGCAACUGCAAGGGUGGACGCAAGUCACAGGCGGUCGCAGAGACAGCUUUCGGCGCGGAUAAAAUACCGGCUAGUUUGCAAUUCUUAUUACAACGACAAACCUCAGAUGAGUAUGCCACAUCACAGCACUUCAGCGAAAAUUUGCGCAUACUCGAGACUAGCAUAGAGAAUCUCGAUCGUCAUUUAAAGAAUUUUCCAAGUCUGAGUUCUCAUGAACACAUUGCUGCAUUUGUACAGGCACAUCAUCAUCACCAUCAUCAUCAUCUUGCGUACCUGCAAACGGCGUCCGCCGAGAUGGGCGAUAAGUUGGCUACGCGCGUGCCACCGCAUGUGGCGCAACAUCAAUUGCCCACCAUUAUGGAAGGUUACGAUCCCGCCAAUCAACCACGUCGUUCAUGGCCCGAUGACAUGGUGGAUGAUUCGCUGCUCGACAUUGACCUCGACUCAUUUCUGCUAGUCAACGAACGUAAAACCGACGGUAUCGGCAAGUCCGCACGUAAGUCGUCUCUGCAUGCUGUUGGUGGCAUCGAUAAUCCCACUUUUCUCACCGAGGAGCAGGAAGAGGAGAAUAAUUAUAAGUGUGCGAAAUAUAUCAAUUCCUGCCCGGAUGAUGCGUAUCAUGUUGAAAGUGAUAUAGUUGCUGGCACUAGCACCAUCUCGGAGAAGUCCGUCUCGGUAGCCGAUCAUUAUAUGAAACGUUACGAGGAUCAGCUGCACUUUCAGAACACACGUGAGCUGCUCGAAGAUGUGCGCGAUAAAAUACGUUUGCUCUCGCAGGCGAGCGGCAACUCCAGCCGCAGUGGCAGCGCCAAUAUGCAUAAUCCUGAUAUGCCAUUAAGUGUGACCGCACCCACCGAACAAUUGCCGCGCGAAUUGGAGGGCAUGAUCAAGACGCUGAAAAACGAACUAGAAAACUAUUUAGAUCGCAUGAAUCAGCAUAGUGAAUUGGAGAUACGCCAACUGUGUAGCGGUCUUGUGCGCAAUCAUAAUAUCGUCAAAAUGAAGAAGGCAUUCGAACGUCGUCGCUCAACGCACAGUCUCGGUACAAUCGAAUCGGAUUACGGUUAUGUCGGUAACUACGAAGCAAUAUGCGAUGGCGUGCCAUCUAGUAUACGCGAACAAAUCGUUUCCAUACGCUGCGCGAGUGAUCCGAAUUUUAAAAUGAAACGCAAAUCCCUUACCGAAGUCUUUCCCGUCACCGAUUGUUAUGCCGAGUCGGAAAAGUUACAAACACCCGCGACUCAGAUAGCUCAACAGCAACUUCGUUCUUCGUUACCGCGUCGCGCUCGUGUAGAACUACGACAACGGGAACACGAUCAAAAUGUCAUUACUUUACAUGUGCCUACAACACAAUUACAGCGUAAUCUGUCCUUCCAACAGCCGAUACUGAACAAAUUAGAUGCGAAGUCAUUGCAAACUCCGCCGACAGACGCCGAAGUUAACGGUAAGGGUAGUAACGGCGCUGGUGCUCUCGGCGGUAACGGUAACGGUAGUGGCGCUGAAUCGGGCGAAUCUGGUGAUAAGGAUUCCAUUUUGGAAUGGCAUCGAAAGAAGCCGAGUAUUUGGGAAAUGUACUACGGUACGAAUCGCAUGAACCAAUCAUUGCUGGGCAAACGUAACGGCAUGAUCACAAACAACAACAAUCAGGUCCCGAUGUCCUAU